AUGGCUGUAAGAGCAUCAACUAGGGCUAAUAAAGGUAUCAAUAGGCAUUUAGAGACAUUGCUACAGCAGGAAGAAGAACAGCAACAACGGCCACAAUCUGCUAGUACAACUGCUAGAAGGAACAGAUCAAAAAGACAACAAUUACCUAAAAUUUUAAAAGAAAAAGUUGUAGAAGUUGUCAAAUGUCUACCUUGUGGAACUAAUGAUUCAAACUAUAAUGAAGAUACUGAUGAGUUAGGUGAAAUGAUUCAAUGUGAUCAAUGUGAUACGUGGCAACAUAUUGGAUGUAUGACUGGUACAAGAGAAGAAGACACCCUUAGUGAUCUUAAACCAUUUUUAGUAGAUGGUGAGAAAUAUUUUUGUAACAAUUGUAGACCUGAUUUAUACCCACACUUAUUAAACCCAUCUAAGAAUGAACAAAAAAAAGAGGUGCAAGAGCAAGAAGAAGAAGAAGAAAUAGAGAAAUCUGAUAGUGAGGAAGAAGUGAGUGAUGAUAACGAUGAUGAUAUAUAUGUGGAAGAAAAAAACGCAUCUACUCAUCAUCAAAAAGAUGAUGAUGAUUUUAUAGAGAUCGAAGAUUUUGAAAAAGAUGAUCCUCUAAAUAAAGGCAAAUCCAAAAAGCGUUCAAUAUCGACAUCAACAAAUAUAUCAAAGAAUAAGAAACAGACUACCACGAAAUCCAAGACUAAGAAUAAAGAUGAUACUUCUACUACAACAUCUGCAACUAACAAUAUAUCCACCGCUGAUCAUGAAAGACAUUCAAAGAUAAGGCAAAAUGCUAAAAAAAUGUUUAUCGAUCUAUUUACCAAAUAUAUUAUACCAGAUACCAUUGAGGGACAAACGUAUACAUUGCCACCAAAUACUAAAAUAGAGCAAAUUGCUACACAAAUGGGUGAAUCCCUUGAAGAAGCUUUAUUUGAAAGUUGCCUAGAUAAAGCAUCAAAUCAAUUGAGCAAGAAUUAUCCUGAGAAAGUUCGAAGUUUAUUUGCAAAUUUAAAAGAUAGAAAGAAUUUGGAUUUAAAAUCCCAUGUAAUUAAUAAUAUAUUACCAAUGGAUAGAUUAGUUAGAAUGAGUGUUAAUGAAUUGGCUAAUCCGGAUUUGCAACAAUAUAAAAAAAGAAGAGAUACUAAAUCUUUAAAUAGAUUCACUAUUGAAAUGGAUGAGAGUGCAAAUUCUGCAAAUAUCAAAGACUCCGACGAUUUUAAUAAAGAACCGGAUGAAAUAUAUUCAAAGGAUAAUAUUAGGAGAAGAAGUAUAUCUGACGAAGAUCUUGAAGAACAGAAACCAGAGAUUCAAAUUAAUGCCAAUGAUGACAACAAUGAAAAUGAUGAUGCUGGUGAUGUUGUUGUUGAAGUGCCAAAUACAAAAGAAACAGAUAAUGAGAAUCAUUCCUUACCGUUACAAAAAGUGGAAAUAACCGAUCCAGAGGUAUUUUGGCAAACAAGUGGAUAUUUGAAAUUCAUUGGAAACACCGCUGAAUUAAAGACAUCAGUAUAUAGUCGUGCCGUUUCGGAUGGCAAUCUCUUGAUUGAAGGUCGUUUAUCUAACGAUAAAGGUUUUGCAUAUUUAAAUGAAGUCAAAACCUUAAGAAACAUCGUUACAUAUCAACUAGUAAAUCCCCCUGAUGCAGAUUCUAUUGCAAAUAUUAAUGCAAUGGCAGAUUCCCUCUUGAUUAGUAAUAAGAUCCUUGGUAUUACACCUAAAAUGAUAUAUGAAAAGAUAAUUUAUGUCAUUCCUGCAACAGGAAACAUCAUACCUGAAAUACUUCAUAGUAUAUAUGGUAAUGAUAAAGGGUUUAUAUCAAACGUUGAAUCAUUUGAGAAAGCAUUAUUUGUUGUGUUCGUCAUUAAACCAGAACUCAUUAAAUAA